CUUGUAGCAGAUCACUCAAGCAUUUGUGUCACUAUGAUUAAAAGCUGACACAUGUGAACUGAAAAACGUAAACAAGGAAAUAGAAACCUAUCAAGAUGCCAUUGGACUCGUUGAAUGCCUCGGAACUGCAGGCUAUUGGAGCCCAACUGACAAAUGAUUCAAGCAAAUAUGAAAACAGGGCUGAUGUGGAGUACCAGUGGGCGGUUAAAGCUUACCAUCAUGCGGAGACCUACAGUAAUCUUAUAAGCUCUGUGGAUCCCAAAGUUUUGAAACUGACUCGACUGGAUGAUGAUAUCUACAAACAUUUCCGUGGAGAAUUUCCAGAUUUAAAUGUUAAGGAACUAGAUGUGGACUUUUUGAAAACUCCAGAGCAGAAAGAGAAAUGGCGGAAGUUUUGUAUGCAGUAUGACCAACAACAAGUUCAGGACUUCAAUCUGGGGACCCUGAUUAGAAUCAAUAGUCGUGAAGAAUUUUCCGAACAAAACUCCACACUGGUGGUGCGUAUUCAGUUUUUGGCAAUAGAGAUAGCAAGAAACCGAGAGGGACAUAAUGAUAACUUACAAAAGAAACAUGUGCCGUCAUGACGACAGUGUGUGUGUGAUGUGAAUCAUUAACAGUGCAAAUGGACAAUUGAUUUCAAAGGGAGAUAACUGAUCAGUUAUUAACUACUACUAUUACUAUUGACUCAAAGCUACACUGGGCUACAGUUGAUGACUAAGGUUUCUUUUCAUGAACGUUUUUUUCAUUAUGUUUGUAUUGUCUGAUUUUUCAACUGUUGUACAGUUGCAAUCUUCAGCCUAGUUAUUGUGAGUGAACUUCCCAGUUCACAUCCGACUAACCAAGGAAUGUCUAGGAGUCUGCUCACAUGUAUCUCUCCAGUGAUGUGAGAGCGGUUGUGAAACACUGCUUGAAGGCACAUGUGGGCUACUGUUUGUGUUGCUGUACAUUCUACAAGGUUAGGAUGACAUGUGCACCAGCUUGAGGAAAGUGUUUUUGUACUAUAUCAGCAACCCCACAAGUUCAAGAUUAAAGCAAAAACAACAGUUACGACCUAAAACCACUUAAACUCAAUUCCAUCUUUUACAUGUUCAUGUACUAGUACUCAUUUACGUAGUGUUCUGCAACAUUUCUAUUAUUUUGUCACAUGCGCCAAAGCAUAUGUAUACCUGUCUAAUAAAUUUGUGAAGAGUGAUUUACUCUACUGACAACA